ACAUCGCCACCGCUGUUUGUAUUGGAAAAACGCCUCUGGACGGAACCUCUCGCCUCCACGGGUGACCCGGAGCGCGUCUGCCUGUGUGCUGCGCAGACAUGAAGAAGACUCUCGUCGGCUUGUUCUCCAAAAACAAACCCACCAGCAGGACGCCGGAGAAAGAUGCGGGGAAAAGCGCGGAGCAGAAGAAGAAGUUCAAGUUCAGGACGCUUUCCAAGAGCAGCCUCGCGAGGUCAACGACCUGUGUUGCUGAUUCCAAGGAGGAAAUUUCCAAUUCUGACUUCACUGAAAAUGAGCCACGCCCCUCUCUGUACGCCACCGUCCCCAGCUCCAAGAGCAAGAGCUUCAGCUUCUCAGAGUUGGAUCUCAGAAAACCCAAAAGCCUGAGAAACUACAACUUUGGGCUCAGAAAGCGACUCAAGAAAGAUGACAACAAGAUCUCCAAGAGCACGAUCGGCCUUCCAGGCAUGGGCGCUCAACAAGAGGAACAGCUGGACUCGAGUCAACUGAACAUGGAUCAUGUCGACACAAACCUCAGCAGUUCUCAGCCCUUGCUUCACACGACUAAUAAAACUAGGAGUCCGCUUCACUCAGCCUUCUCCUUGAACCAACAGCAGACUUCCAAUAGUUUGUUAAUGCAGCCACAAAGCCAGGAGAUCAUUGACUAUGACAGUUCUGAGAUGCUUGAUGUAGAUAAAGCCCCAAUUGCAACCAUAUCUGAGUUGGAAGAUGUUGCUGAACCAUGGCGAAAAAGUGCUUUGGUCCAGGGCGGAGCGUCUGAGUAUGAAUCACGUCGACUCUCUCAGAAGGCUGCAGAGCUUGAUAAGGCCUCAUAUAGUGAUUUAGUCCCUCAACGUUCUGAAGAAACGGUCAGCAGUUCUCUCACUGAUUCAGCCUUGUCAGAUCAUCUUCACGAUGCAGCUGAACUUUCCACUCAGGGUCCCACAAAUAGAUCUCCCCAGGGAUUCUCAAAAAGCUCCCUGACAGAGAUCUCCAGCGCAAACGUUGCUGGAGAAGAUGAGUCAAGCUCUUCCAAUGAAAGUCCUGAGUCAAAUCCUGAUGCAUCCUCGGAUUCUCAGCAAGAAUCCUCCACUCAACCAGACUCAUCGGAGAAAACAAAAGAGAUUUCUGAUGUUCAAGUUUCAGAUUCUGAUUCUCAUUCUGAGAUCCAAUGUGUGGUCAACAAUGGUACGCCUGAAACAGUUCGACCGGAGAGGCUUUCAUUGCCAAGCGAUGGCGUGGUUUCACAGACUCGUAGCAGAGAUUCAGUGGAUUAUGGUGAUUGCAAAGUGAGACCAGGCCAUGUUUCUCCAACUAAAACCAGUGCUGUAAUCAUCAAAUCCACUCUUCUGCGGCCCGAAGAAAAACCGCAUCGGCCCAUCAUACGAGAAUUCUCAACGACCGACCCUCUGUCAUAUAAACGGCCCACCGCUUUAGACAUUAUAGACUCUGGUAUGGUACUCCCAAAUAAGACCAAGGUCCAAUCAACUUUUGAGCGUUCCUAUCAGGUGUUUAAUAGCCCAAAGGGACCUGUUAACACUGCUGACCAGUGGCGACCCAAACAAUCCACUCGAGACAAAUCGGAAUCUGACCCUUUAAAAGUCAAUUCCUACACCUAUACAACGACCUCUAGAGGAUUCUCAAGGACUCCUUUGUCUCCUCAGAAAUAUGACACCAUUGACACAACUGGUUCAAGAAAUUCCCCCAAAGACAAGUCAGAUUCAGUCAUGUCAUCCCGAGUCUAUGCCUUUAAAGCUCAGUCUGAUCAACAAGACAACACUAGUCAAGCUGAGAUAAAAGGAUCCACAGGUGUUUUCUGUGAUGACCCUGGCAGAUCAGGUGCUCCACACAGUGCCCCUCCUGUCUCUGAAUAUUCAACCUCUCAAGGGACUGAAACUCGAGUUUCACCGACUAAACAGAGAGCAGUCGUUGUCAAAGAGUCAGUGAGCGACAGGGCAAGCAUGGAUCCUAGUCUUCCCUCUGAUGCUCCCUCUCUUAUCUCUCUACCAGAAAAAAUGAUCCCUGUCAGAGAUUUUGAUGUUAAGAGUGACACUUCGGACACAGAGAGCUUUUAUUCUUUGUGUCCACUGCCUGAGGAGAAGGAUGAACACAAGGCAGUGACGAACCGCUCCGAGGAGGCGUGCAGCCCGAUGUUUCUGAGUGUGGGAUCGGAUGAGGGAAGUAUUUUGGAUGUCUACUACAGCGCCGACGAGGACAACAUUGAUGGUCACCCGGAAGCAGUGGAGAAUCAGGACACUAAGGAGGAGAAACCACCACAGCGGCAGAGCCCACUAAUAGCCACUUCUGAAACAGUAGAAGACCAGGCGCUACUCGCACUUGGAGGUGCAGAGAUUUCACAGAUUCUUUCGAGUGAUGAUCAAGUCAAACCAGCGGUGAAAGUAAAACAGACGGAGGUGAACGGAAAGCAAGAAGUACUGGCCGGACUGGUUCCGCAAGGGAACACACUCUUGGUAUGCGACUCUCCUCCUCCCUCAGGGAAACCUCAUGUGCUAGAUUUUGAUAGAAACAACAUCAAGAAGAAGGAGUUGAUCGAACCAACCUAUAAGCUCGACUCCCUGAUCAAGUAUUACGAAAGCAACUGCGCUAAAAGCAAUCAUGCAAGGAAAGUCCACGUGAAGCAAGACAGCGCGACGAGACACAGGGAUGAAGAAAACGCUGUGGUUGCCGUCGUAAAAUUCGCAUACACCUCUCCACCUGCGGAGGUAUUGACAGUGACACACAGCGCUGAGCUGCAAUCAGAUGCCACGGUGAGCGCGGACAAUAGAGUGGCCCCACGGAGCAGCAAGUGGGAGGAUACUGUUACUCACAACUCAGAUACAAACAGGACGACUCAAGAGCAGGUGGCAGUUACGGCAUCAGAUCCACACCAAAAAACUGCAGCAGUGCCAGGAGAUCCUAUCGCGCCGGGAUUUGCUUCAGCAGCUGAUGAAGUCGGAUUUCCGGAGUCUGUGAAGAGUAAAGUUCACAACAUGAACUCGGGCUACAGCAGCCUAAGCACCACCCUCUCCAUAAAAGCUUUGACUCACCCCAAUGAGGAAGAGCCCAAACAUCGCGUGAGGAAAGUGUCCCUGGUCAGAACACCAGAAGAGGACAGCAAAGACACUGUGGACUUCCUCAAAGAUUCUGAGUAUAAUUCAAAGGAGAUGGGCGUGAGCUCAGAUUAUAAAUGGGAAUCUAGAUUUGAUAGUGGAAAGCUGCACACCUCAGACAGCUACUCUGACUCAUCAUCUGAUUUCAGCACCUCCGCUUUAGCUUCCUCCCAAGUAAACCCUGAGGCCACAGCAUACAGACUGAGUGACAGGUUGGAUUCCUACACCAGCCACGAAGGCUUGUCAACAGGGGAGCCAAGAGAUGAGUGGAGGAGGAGUUAUGUGUGGGAGGAGGAGUCCGCUGCACCUGCUGGUGAAAUAGCUCUUCAGAAGGAGGGAGAGACAGAGCGAGAGAGGUUCAAUAGCAGCUCACAGGACGACUUUGCCGUCUCUGCAAGCUUCACUGGUCAUCCCAAAGAAGACAGUGAAGAUUCAUCCUUCUACACUGGAGUAUUCAAGGCCCAGUUUGUGGACCUUGUGGACCCUGCAGCUUCAGGCCCAAGCUCCCCAAUUCCUCCUGACACAGAGUCUUCAGAAAUGGAGAGCCUGGUUGAUACGCUGAAGAACAUGGGACCCUCACAGAGGCUGAGGAGCAUCAACCAGCGUAUGUCUCCUCACGUCCUCGUCUCCUCUCUGUCACCCAUCGUGGAAGACGCACCCGGCCACUCUGCCCCGGAUCAAACAGAUUCUAUUCCAACAAAGCCGCUGUCACCGGUUUCCGAUUCCCUCAAUGGCAUCUACACUCUGCCUCCUGGAAUUGGGCUCAAGAAGACCAACCUGAGGGACUCAACUUCACCACUGGCAUUGUUGAAGGGGGUAACUGGACAGAACCUCUCGCCCCUGCGAACACCCACCAACCUGAUGAAAUCCCCCGACUCCUCUUUAGAUAACAUAAAUGGAAACGUAACGUUCCCCACUCACAACACCACCUCGCGUCUGGAAAACAGUCUCGUCUUUGGCAGCUUCAGGUCCUCGUCCGUGGAUCAGAUGAAUGACAACACGCAUCGCCCACUCUUCCGUGCCAGAUCGCUACCUGACUAUGGCAACGAGCGAGUUAGCGGGCUACCCAAGGAGCUCGGGGAUUCUGGUCCUGGAGUGGAACCAGUGGGAUCCCGUUUCGAGCGCAUAUCGUUCCUCUCAAACUCCUUAUCGGGAUCCCUGAAUGGAUCUGAGGAGCACAGUGCUCGUAUGAGUCGGCCUCCUCCCAUCAGCGUCAACUUAUCUCCCACCAGCAACAGCCCCAAUCGUAUUUUGAGCCCCACCGGCUCCAUUGACCUUCAGCGGCCUUUCCCGACGACAGACUUUUCCCUCCCUGUCUUCAACCAGACCCCUGGGAUUGGGAUGGGAGUUCCACCAAGUCCACUGGGCAAUCCGCUGCUGCAGAGGAGCUUUAGCCAAGAGGGCAUCGGAAGCAUCCAGCAAAACUCUGCUUUCAACAGUAUGCAAACAGAACCUAAGUCCAAAGCGGAGCCUGAGAAGAACAUCUUGGCCAAGUACAGAGCCUUCCCAGAUGCCUAUCUCACCAAAGAAAAGGAACACGGGAAAAGCAAUCCUCGGCCUGGAAAGAUGUACAUUUUUGACCGUUCAGGGAUGUGUGGCCAGAGGAUCGAGGUGCGCAGUGACGUUGUGGACGCCACAACCUGGGAGCUUCAGGAGACCAUCUCCAUCAGAGUCAUUCGAGGAGGCUGGGUUCUCUAUGAGAAGCCCAACUUUAAAGGGGAGAAGAUUGCCUUGGACGAAGGAGACACAGAGCUCACCUUCCCCUUCGCCCCACUGGAGGAGGAGGAGAAGCAGAACGGGCAGCCUGAAAGUGAUGAGCACAAGUCUGAGGAGAACAGCGAAGCUACGGAUGUCGACACAAAACCAGCCAGGAAGUUUGUUGUUGGGUCUCUACGACGAGCUGUCAGGGACUACAGCGUUCCAGAAAUCAGUCUGUUCCCAGAAGAAGACGCUGAGGGUAAGAAGGUCGUCUUCCGAGACAGCUCAGACGAUGCCAGGAUUUUUGGCUUCCCCAUCAAAGCCAACUCGAUCAUCAUCCGAGCUGGGCUAUGGCUGGUUUACGCAAAGCCUUUCUUUGAGGGUCCACCACGUGUCCUAGAGGUCGGAGGCUACACCAAUCCUCAAGCUUGGGGCGUCGACCACCCUUACGUUGGAUCGCUACACCCCCUUAAAAUCGGUGAACCUCGUGUGGAGAACCGAAGCGAACCCAAGAUGGUGGUCUACGAAAAGUCGUACUUCAGUGGAAAAUCUCGGACCAUCAACACCAACACCAGAGAUUUCAUGACUCGAGCUGACAGGCAGCAGACGGCUUUCAUGUACAAUGUCGGAUCAUUGAAAGUUCUUGGAGGAAUCUGGGUGGGCUACGAAAAGGAAGGGUUCAGAGGACAUCAGUACCUCUUAGAGGAGGGGGAGUACCACGACUGGAGGGCUUGGGGAGGCUGUGACGCCGAAAUGCGAUCGGUUCGGGUCAUUCAAGCAGACUUGACUGACCCAUUGAUGAUGAUGUUCGAGCAGCCUGAGGAAGAAGAGGAAGGAGUGGAGGGAGAUAAAACGUUUGAAGUGACGGAGGCCAUACCUGACGUGGAGCCUUUUGGUUUCAAAACAUCAACUCGAUCUGUCGAAGUACUGCGUGGCGCAUGGAUCGCCUACUCCCAUGUGGACUUCUCCGGUCACCAGUACAUAUUAGAGAAAGGUUUUUACAAUAACUGUGCAGACUGGGGCGCUCCAGACAACCGCAUCUGCUCUGUGCAGCCAAUUCUUCUGGCGCCGGCGGACAUCACCAGGGGCAGGAAUGAAAUCAUCUUGUAUUCGGAACCAGACUUCCAGGGCUUGUGUCACAUCUACGACUGCAAUGAGGAUUGUGUGUCUGACAAAUUCCUGACCAAAUCCUGCCGCGUCGCCUCAGGAAGCUGGGUGCUCUACGAAGAAAAAAGCUUCUCUGGAAACAUGUAUGUGUUAUCAGAAGGGGAUUACCCCAAUUUAAACAGCAUGGGGUGUCCGCCUGGGAAGCCCAUCCGCUCAGUCAAAGUUGUGCCUUUGACGUUCUCAGUCCCAUCCAUUUCGCUGUUUGGCCUGGAAUGUCUGGAAGGACGGGAGAUCACCACUGAGACGGAGAUUGUCAGCAUGGUAGGAGAGGGAUUCAGCAACCACGUCCUGUCACUCCGAGUCAACAGCGGCUGCUGGGUGGUAUGUGAGCAUAAUAACUACAGAGGGCGUCAAUUCCUUUUGGAACCCAUUGAAAUCACCAACUGGCCCAAGUUCAGCUCACUACAGACCAUUGGAUCCAUGUAUCCCAUCAGAGUGAAGCGGCACUUUUUCCGGAUCAAGAACACCGAGAGCCAGCACUACAUGUCAGUCCAAGGAGGAGUCGGGGAGACCAAAACGGGUCGAGUCAUCGUUUCACCUGAAAUAGAGCCCAUGACUGACAUCUGGUACUACCAAAACGGAUUCAUCAAGAGCAAGCUGUGUAUGGACAUGAGCCUUCAGGUGAUGGGUAAUCUGGAGCCGGGAGCUAAAGUGGUUCUGUGGAGCGAGACUCGCCAGCCUCUGCAGACCUGGACGGCUCAGAUGAAAGGACGCAUCGUCAGCUUUACGUUCAGUGGCAUGGUGCUGGAUGUAAAAGGUGGAAAGACGUACGAUAAAGACCAUUUGGUGAUCAUGCCUGAAAACGACGAGAGACCAAGCCAGCAGUGGGAGAUUGAGCUGCUGUAAUCCCUCGUAAUACCUCCGCAUCAAACGCAUUGACAAGCCCUGAGUACAACUCCGAUAUGAAUUCUGAUGUACCUGUAUUUAUCCUGCAUAGUGGGUAUGUCACAAAUGAAAAAAAUGUGUUGUAUAAAUGUGUCAUAUGAAAACAGAAUAUUGUGUAUUCACUCAAAUGAAAUGCUUUUAACAUCCCCAACAGUUAUACAAGAACAUACACCAAAGUGUGCCUUACUUAUUUGUGUAUUCAAAGGAUUGGUUGUCCGAUGGAAAUGUUUGGCAGUUUGUCUUUUUUUAGUGGGAUCGCCAUGCAACCAAGAGCACAAAGCCAAAGAAUGUACAGUUUGCAAAAAUCUAUAUCUAAAUAAAUCCUGUUUCGUAUUCUAUUUUUGUACACAAGUGUUUUGGGGUAACUGUUGCAGCUAUGUCUCAUGCACUGGGAUGAGUGUGAAUUCCUCUUUGUCUUGUAAUAUUAUCCAACGUCCUUUGUUACACUAUGUUAUUUGAUACUAAUGAUACUAACUUGUGCUCUAAGAUGGUCGGUGAUUUGGUUUUAAAUAAAGCAAU